UGUCAGUGGUGGAAAAGGAGCGUGUCUUUCCUCAAAGGAUGAUUUAACUAUCAACUGGGUUUUUUAUUAUGCCGAAUACAAACAUGGCAAUUGCGCCAUCCCUUUUCAAAACAGCUCAAUGAAAGAAAAAGUUUGAAGCGAAAGCUAAUCCUCUGCGCGCAACUAAAUAAUUUGUCCCAGAAAGAGCAGAACAGAGAAGUUGGACGUCAUUUUCCCCACUUCUUUCUUUUUUUCUAUUUAUUCAAACCAAGACAAUGGCCUACACUUUGGGCUCAGUCAUUGAGGGCCAGACACGUGGUGUAGGACCUCAGCACUGUAUCACACGGGUGGAGCUUUCUGUUACUGCUGCCAAUCUUCUGGACCGCGAUGUAGCCUCAAAGUCUGAUCCAUUUUGUGUUCUCUUCCAUGAAGUGGAUGGAAACUGGAUGGAGCUUGGCCGGACUGAAACUGCUGUCAAUAACUUGAACCCAGUUUUUGGCGUUAAGUUCCACGUGGACUACCACUUUGAAGAGAUCCAGAAGCUUCGUUUUGCCAUGUUUGAUGAAGACAAGUGUGCCACACAGCUCUAUGAACACGACUUUUUAGGAGAAUAUGUUUGCACACUUGGUGUUAUUGUAUCCAAUAAGAAACUUCACCGACCGUUAAUUUUGGCCAAUGGGAAACCAGCUGGCAAAGGAUCCAUCACUAUUACAGCACAGGAGCUGUCUGACAACAGAAUUAUCACUUUGACUCUGAGUGGGCGUAAACUGGACAAGAAGGAUUUCUUUGGGAAGUCAGACCCAUAUUUGGAAUUUCACAAACAGGGAGAAGAUGACAAAUGGAUGCUGGUGCACAGGACAGAAGUCAUAAAAAACACUUUAGAUCCCUCAUGGAAACAGUUUACCGUGCCUCUUGUUUCUCUCUGUAAUGGGGAUGUGGACAGAAACAUCAAGGUAUUGUGUUAUGACUAUGAUAAUGAUGGCGGUCAUGACUUCAUUGGAGAGUUCCAAACCACAGUGGCCAAGAUGAGUGAGGCACAGAACUCAGUGGAGGUGGAAUUUGAAUGCAUAAACCCAAAGAAACAAAAGAAGAAGAAGAAUUAUAAAAAUUCUGGUGUGAUUAUCCUAAAAUCAUGUAAGAUUACAAGAGACUACACAUUCUUGGAUUACAUACUUGGAGGAUGCCAGCUCAUGUUCACUGUUGGUAUAGAUUUCACAGCAUCCAAUGGCAGCCCUAGAGAGCCCUCUUCCCUCCAUUACAUAAACCCACUAGGAAGCAACGAGUAUCUUUCUGCAAUCUUAGCUGUUGGACAAAUCAUACAGGACUAUGACACGGACAAAAUGUUUCCUGCUCUUGGAUUUGGAGCACAACUCCCACCAGACUGGAAGGUGUCACAUGAAUUUGCAAUCAACUUUAACCCCACAAACCCUUUCUGCUUAGGUGUGGAGGGUAUUGCACAAGCAUACUCUGCCUGUCUACCCCACAUCCGUUUUUAUGGGCCAACAAACUUUGCUCCAAUCAUUAAUCAUGUAGCCCGUUUUGCUGCCCAGGCCCUACAACAAGAAAAAGCGGCGCAAUAUUUCACUCUCCUCAUCAUAACAGACGGUGUCAUCAGUGACAUGGAUGAAACACGUCAUUCUAUUGUUCAGGCAUCCAAGUUGCCCAUGUCCAUCAUUAUCAUUGGUGUGGGCAAUGCAGACUUUGCUGCUAUGGAGUUUUUAGAUGGAGACGCCAGCGUGUUAAGGUCCAACACUGGCGAAGAGGCUGUUCGAGACAUUGUGCAGUUUGUUCCCUUUCGGGAUUUUCGUAACGCACCUAAGGAAACCCUCGCCAAGUCUGUCCUGGCAGAGCUGCCUCAGCAGGUCACUCAAUACUUUAAGCAGCGGAACCUUCCACCUGCAAACCCAGCACCAGAGUGAAAUAAGUGAGAGGAGGAAAGCUUACAUUGUAAAAUAACUCUUCUGUUAACUACAGCAAUUGCAGAUCGAAAGUUUGUGUCCACCAGGGGCAAAUGCCUUAUAUAUGGCAGAUCUUGACAUCAAUUUAGCAUUUUUUUGCUUUGAAAGAGUGACAAAUACUCAAUACGAAUCCACAUGAAGAGGGUGGUUCUUUUCAAGAACUGUGAUGAAAGCAUAUAUGAACUGCAGGUGAAACACUGACCAUUCCAAUGGAAGAAUAUUUUUAUUGUUAAGAAUAUCAGUAUUUUGCUUUUUGCACGUUUUGUGAUCGAUACCAUGUGAUUCCUACAAUGUUGUGGCGUGAAAUCAGCUUGGCUGAAAUUUAUCAUUGAUCAUUUUCCAAUGAGCCGAGAGAUCAACAGAAGGCUUAUUUCUUGUGGACACUCCUCACUUGUGCCCCGAGUUGUAGCCAGAAAAGGCAUUCAACAUGAGUAGGAAGAGGGUGAGGCUGUUAUGGUGACAGUCAUACCACUAAAACACAGAUCAACUUCUCUUCAAUAAGGGGACAUUGUGCCAGUUCAUUGCUAGGGCUUUUGGCUCAUCCUGCAUGUUGCCAAUCAUUGUUUACAAAUGAACGAAGACCAUGUUGCGCAUGAUUUUUGUGAUUUCAAUUAUGUUUACAUCUUGCAAAUACUUUAAUGUAACAUGUUCAUUUUGUCCAAACUUGAAGGCAUCAGUAUUUGAGAAAAAUCAGUCACAAUGUGCUUGAGCAGUUUGUGCUUUGCACUAUAAGAUCAACGACAUAUUUAUGUCAUAUUUAGGUGUAAUAUGUAUUGAAAAACAAAAUAUUUUUGAUGUGUACUGCUGUGGCGACGUGUUUCAUUGUACAAUUACUAAAAUGUAAAUGGUUGUCCCUUUUGAAUCAAUGUCUGGCUUUUUGUAAACGUGUCUAUGUCAGCACUUCCGUAAAUAAAACUAUUUCAUUUUUCUCAUUGGA